GGCCUGUUUCCUAAGGCAGUGAAACCUGAAACAGUGUCAGAGAAUAAGGAUAUUUCUUUUAGUAUAAAAUCAUGUUAAUGAAAUCAUUUCUUCUGUUGCAGUUCUGGCCCUUCAAAGUUUGUACCUCUUUCAGAGGUACACCCAAACACUUAAAAAAAAAAAAAAAAAAAAAGCACCUGCUCGGUCAAUCAGAAGCAUUUUUCUCAUAUUAAUUUUUCUCUUCUGAGACUUUCUCUUCAGGCUUUAGCACAUUUUCUCAUCUAACUGAGCUGAAUACCAUGGGAUGGCAGAAGCGGAAAACGACUUAACAACUGAACAUCAGUGAUGAAUAAUCAGCCCUAGGAGGUUGCAGGUCAAAGUCACCACAUUAAAGCGCCCAAUGAGAGUAAAUUUCAAAUAUGUGAGCCACGUGUUACAAAAUAUUUUUUUGGAAGCUGCCAAUAAAGUCGACUAAACUGAACAUCAAGAAUGGAAUUUCUUAUAAAAACUAUAAUUCCCAAAGUUUGCUUGCACCAAAGAAAAGGAGGUGAAGAAAUGGAUGUUCUGGAUAAGGAAAUCUCGGUUUGCUAAGGCACGGAAACUCAGGUUUAUACCGUUCCGGCAAACAGACCAUCUGCAACAGGAUGUUACUUUUACUUGGAAAGUGGUGGUGGUGCGCUACUCUUUUGUGUUUCCUGUCUGAGGUUUCAAGAGGCUGGGACACACUGCCUUCCUCUGACAGUUCUUCUUGGUCUUUCUUUUUAACGAAACAUCCUCAAAUCUCCCCCUUCUUCUCUAGACAAGCACUGGGGAAGCGAGAGGAGUUUUGUCUCACGAAGACUCCAAGCCGAAAGGCCGGCGGGGAGAAACCCCCUCUCAGUGGAGGCGGCGUGGGCGUGUCACGUGAUCUGCGCGCUGCCUGCUGGGAAGGCCAACGCGGCAGCCUCCUCAUUCCCGCGCUUCGGCCUAGGAGGAAGUUCCUGCCUCCAGAAUAUGAUGGCAAGUCAACUUGUAAAACCUGAUACUAGAAAUUGCAAGAGACCAAGAGAGUUAGAGCCUCAAAUGCCAGAUAGUCCACAGCUGUCCUCUCUUGGAAAAUCAGAUUCUUCUUUGUCUGAAAGCUCUGGACUAUUUUAUAAAGAUGAAGCUCUGGAGAAAGACUUGAAUGAUAUGAGCAAGGAAAUUAAUCUAAUGCUGUCAACAUAUGCAAAGAUCUUAAGUGAGAGAGCAGCAGUAGAUGCAUCUUAUAUUGACGAGAUAGAUGGACUCUUCAAAGAAGCCAAUACUAUUGAAAACUUUCUAAUACAGAAAAGAGAGCUCCUGAGACAGAGGCUUACAGUGAUUGCAAACACUCUACACAGAUAAAAUUGUGUACUUAAAAUAAGCUGAGAAUUUAAGCUCAUUAUUGUUUUAAUGAGAGAGUGACAUUUGUGCUCUGAAUGUGCUCUAGUUGUUAAAAAAAAAGUAUACCUUAAAUGUAGAAGGGGAAACUUCUUAAAUUUCUUUUCUAGAUUUAAAAGCAUUAAGCUGGACAUUAAUAUGAAGUAUGUAGCCUUUCUUUUGAAGUCUAAUAUUUGGCAUAUUUUGUAAAAGUGUAAAUUUUUUCUUAAACAUCCUAGCCUUUCUUAAAUUUCUAAAAGAAGACUCAGUGGAUUAACUUGAUAAUAUUUAACAAUAUUGUACUUUUUCUUUUAGUAGAUAGAGAUUUAAGGUAUCUUUCAUGGUUAGAAUUGAAAAGAAAUUAAAACCCAAAAGUAAUCUGUCCAGUUUCUCAAUAUGUAAACUGUGCUAUUGCUAUUUAAUGUUACCAUAUGAUAAUUUUCACUAAUAUUAUUAUACAAUGUUAAUAAAAAUUUGUUUUAUUA